AUGGGCGAGCAACGGCUGCCUUGGAAUCGCCCCCAGCAAGUACUUCAGCCAAUGCCUCUAGGCAUGACCUCCAAGCCCUGGUUCAAGGACAGGCUGCCUUCUAAGUGUUUUCCGAAGCACAAACAGGAAAAACUGAAGUUCCCUACCUCUCUGGAUGGCCGGCGCUGGGUGUUUGUGAAGGAAGGCUUGGACGAUUUCAGGAAGGGCUGUCCACCUUUUGAAGGCAUGAUCCUUCGUGGACGCAAAGAGGGCUUUCUCCCCACAAUUUCUCAUAGAGUCGGCCGCAGAUCCAGGAAGAGUCAGAAAAAAAUGUGCCAGGACAUAAGCCUGUUUUCAUCGCUGUCACUGGCCCAGCAAGCACGCCAGUUGUUUGUAAAGAGAACCGAAGAAAACUUGAGCCAGCAUCCCUUGGCAUUCUGCCACCUGGAUGAAGGAAUUUCUGAAGAUCUCUUAUUAAAUGUGCUGGAAGUCCUUGACCCUGACCAGGAGUUAGAGGAGAAGUGGGAUUAUUUUGAGGGCCACAGUAAAUGGAUGAAUUUGGAUAUUGCUGCUGAGAAAUGCCCUCCCACAAAAUUUGACUUGGAUCCUCCAAAGUUUCCUGGGUCACGUAAACAUGGUGUGCAUCAUGAAAACAAGCCCAAAAAACAGGACUCUGGUGAGUCUCGUUAUUACCGGUACAUACCGAAAGGAGUCUAUGAUUUCUGUGAAUGGGUCAAAUCAUUUGGAGACCUCAGCAUUCAUGAAAAUUUCAUGAUGAAGCAAUUUGACAUUGGCUAUGAGUACAAACCAAGCUAUGAAGAUUCUGCCAUCAAAAAAAUUAGCCUGCUUCCUCCUGAGCUCAGAAUCUGCAGCAGGCUGAGCAGAGUGAAAGAGAUCAGAUUCUCCAUACAGGAGGCAAAAUUUGAAAGGAAACUCCAAAAAAAAGAUCCUUACAAGUCCAACAGGGGUAAGAUUAGAUAUGGAGCAUGGUACCUGAAGCCUGAUCUGUGGAGAAAGCUAGUAAAUGAUGAGCCUUUGAUGGAUCCUGAAGAGUUAUUUGAACCUCAAGGUGAAACGUAUAGUAAGCCAGACAUCAUUGAAGACCUUUAUGGAACUAUUGCCUUUAAGGAUUUCAUCAUAAGUAAAGGCUACACUAUGCCAAGCAUCCUUGAGAAGUUGUUUAUGAGGAAAGGAUGGACUUAUGACACUAUCAACACUCCAAUACCAAGAGUACUAAAAGCCCAUGAAUUGAUCAUGCAGAAAAAGGAUGAAGAUUAUGAUGAUGAAAAUGACUAG